GAGUCGUCGGGCGGCCAUUUCCAAGCGCGCGGCGGGAAGCGGCGCUCGGGAGAUGGCGGCGGGGCCGGGGGCGCUGGCUUUCCGACAGCUGCGAGACGUGGCCGCGGCCCAGGAGGCGCUGAUCGAGCGGCUCCUCCGCCGGGAGCGGGGCGGCGCUGGGCGGGCGGAGCAGCACGAGGUGUUGGCGCGGCGGCUGGCGAAAGAAGAGGAGGAGCAUGGAAAAACCAAAAUGCUGCUCGUCAAGGAAUCUGAGAAGCUGCAGUUUGCACUGGGGGAGAUUGAGGUUCUGUCUAAGCAGCUUGAGAGAGAACGGCGAGUCUUUGAAAAAACACUUGCCAGUGUUAAGAGUAAAGCACUAAAGGAAUCGACUAAAAAAGACAAGCUAAUAAGCAAAUGCAAUGAAAUUGAGCACCACAUCCUGAAGCAGGAGGAUAUCCUGAAUGGCAAAGAGAAUGAGAUCAAGGCACUGCAGCACUUCAUCACCAGGCAAAAGCAGGUGCUCAAGAGUCAAGUGUGGGACUUAAACAUACAGAAACAACAGGAAUGUUACAUAGUCCGGGUGCUUGACAAGAAACAGAAGAAGGGGUUAAAGUGACCGCCCUAGACUUUGUUACAAUCCAGACAGAGGAUCGGGCCAUUGAAGACUGGUUUAAUGAAGCAGACUUUCAUCUUAAGAGUGUUCGUUUGGAACCUGGUACAAGGGAAGUCAGCGAGACAGCCUUAGCCUGGUCCAUGGCACAGUUGGUCAUCUUGCAGGGUAGUACAAAGCUGGUCUUCUCUGCUCAUGUCACACCUUUGACUGCAGACCUGUUGGAGGCUAGUACUGGUGCAGUUGGUAAGCUGGUGGGUUUCUGUGCAAGUGCCCAAGUGCUUGACUUCUGUGGUCCUUCCCAGCUGUUAUUGUUAGCAUCUUGCACAGUUUCCCCUCAUGACCAUAAAUAUUGCAUUAAUGACAAUUGUUCAAAGGCUUUUAAACCGUCAGAACCAUUGGGGACAGUGGGGUAUAGAUACACUGUAACUUCAAAUAAAGUAUCUUUUAUAGAACAAA